AUGAUUACACAAUAUCAAAGCAUACAAUACGGGUGGGAGAUUCGUGUGCGAAGUGGAGGACACAGCUACGGCGGGCUGUCCUACACGUCCGACGUGCCCUUCGUAAAAUCACAGACGGCUUGGGUGGAAGCGGGUGCAACUUUGGGUGAAGUCUACUUUGUCAUUUCGUUUCCUGCUGGGGUUUGCCACACGGUUGGAUCCGGCGGUCAUAUUGCUGGCGGAGGGCUUAGCUUCCUGUCGAGAAAAUACGGCCUUGUGGCCGAUAAUGUGUUGGAUACACUGCUGAUAAAUGCGUCAGGGAAGGUGAUGGAUAAGAACACAAGGCGGCGGCGGCGGGAGCUGGGGAGCUGUCACGGAGGCUGUCCAUAG